CCAAACUUUAACCGAAAAACAUGAAGUUAUUAUUGAUUUUUGCUGCUGCAAUCGCCUGCGCACAAGCACUACAAUUGCAGUACAUAGUUCAGGGAUCGGGCGAAUCCAGUGAAGAGGAAUAUAGUUUAGUACUGCCUUCGAGUGGUAAAGCUGCCUAUGCCGUGCUUGAUAAACCCAAAGACGACGAUUCGGAUGAAGAAUCCAGUGAAAAGGAAUACCGUUUACUUUUACCAGCCGAUGGUCAACACCAACCCAGCUUAUCAGGUGUGCCUAUUUUCCAGACAGUUAAAGUAAAGGUACCACGCCAUGGCGACUCGUCGAUCAAGCAACAACUUUUCGCGCAAGCUUUGGCUGCACGUGGCAUAAGUCUGCAAAACUUGGGCGUAGAUCCUUUAACUAGCAGACGCUCCGAACCCAAUUUGGGUAUCCAAAAUUUAGGCGCUCAACUUUUGGCGAGAUCAGCAGGACUUAAUUACGGUGGCCAAGAUUACGGCGCUCAACUUAUGGCGAGGUUAGUGCCAAAUUUGGGUGUCCAAGACUUAGGCGCUAAACUUUUGACGAGAUCAGCGGCACCUAAUAACGGUGGCCAAGAUUACGGCGCUCAACUUAUGGCGAUGUUAGCGCCAAAUUUGGGUGUCCAAGACUUAGGCGCUCAAAUUUUGGCGAGAUCACAAGGACCUAAUAACGGUGACCAAUAUAACGGCGCUCAACUUAUACAGCGCUCUGUGCCCAACAUGGGUCAGAGUCAAGUUUAUCUGAUACGUAAACAACGCCAGGCGCCAGCUCCAGAUAAAAAUGUAGGUGAAGUUGUAGCGGAAGGUGAAAAUGUUGAUAGUGUCAUUGCAUCUAAUGCAGUCACGGAUGUUCCCGCUGUUGGGGUCGUCACAAAACCUCCAAUCGUAGAUGCAGUCGUUGCUCCUAUCGUAUCUGCGGUACCUGUCACCAAGUCAAAUUAAAUAAACGUUUUUUAUAGGCUGCGAAGACCCUGAGUAAGAAUGCUUUAUUACGCCAAUAAAACGAAGAACUAAAACA